ACGCAAAACGCCCUCUUGUGCUGCGGUGGCCAGGGGAAGAGUUUCUCAAAUAUGCACAGCCGUUAAAAGCAUGGUUAAAAGAUUUAGAGUGGAAAAUAAAAGAUACAUAGUGGAGCGGGGAGGAGUAGACUGUAGGGGGCGUAGUCUGUAGUGUUUUCUAUAGACAUAAUACAGAGUGUUUUCUAGUUGGCUGCACCAGUCUCUUCUGGAGCAGAGUGAGGGCUUUAAGGGGCGUGGUGUGUUUUGUUACAUAAAGGAGCGCUGAGCGAGCUGCGUUGAUUUAGUGGAACAAACUGUUCACAUUCCUCGUCUUUCUUCACAAGGUUGUUAAAACAUGUCGACCUCCCUGUUAAGGAUCGGACACCUGCGAUGUGUCAAUAAGUGCUUGCAGACUCAGAGUUGGAAUAUACUGAGCAGAGCACCUACAGCUUUGACUUUUAGCACAAAAUCAUCAGGAUCCAAAAAUUCAUCAAAAAAGACCAGCAAAGACAAAAACAAGCCUAAAACAUACUUCGACAUAGAAAAACUUGUUCAACACAAGCCAUGCAACUUCCCUAAGAAAGAAGUUUCUCCAACUGCCUCUGCAGUAACUGAAGCUGCACAGGAAGCCAUAGCUUCUGUAGCAACAAAGCGCAUGUCCCCUGCUGCUUCAGCUGAAACUAUUGCAACCACUUAUGACAUAACAAUUCAACCAGUGACAACAUCCUUUGUUAAAAAAGUACCCUCCAAAAUAACAACUGCUGAAUCUAUUGUUGAAGUUUUUCCUGAAGAUUUUCCAGGAGAAGAUGCACUAAUUUUAGAGGCCUCCAAAGUGGCUGCUGAGCCUGCAGCUGAUGUGCCACAAGACCCUAUGCAUCCUGCUCCUGCCUCUGUAGAAUCGGCUCCUGAUCCAUUUGUGCUGGUAGAUGGGGCCCUGAACCUAGUUCAUGAAGCUGUGCCAAAUAAGGGAUCCAUGGAGCCUGUGGAAGAAACACUUCCUGCAGAAGGGUCACUAAAGUCUGUGGUGGAAGGGGCUCAUGCGGAGGCAUUACUGGAGCCUUUGACAGAAGCACCCCCCGAGGAGGUGUCACUGGAGCCUGUGGUGAAAGUGGCUCCUGUGGAGGUCUCACUGGAACAUGUGGUGGAAGCAGCCCCCGAGGAGGCAUCCCUGGAGCCUGUGGUGGAAGCAGCUCCCACAGAGCCAUCUCCAAAACUUGCAAUGGAAGUGACACUGACAACUGUGUCAGGUGGGGUCCCUGAAACUCUAACUGCAGACCUUCAAGCAUCCCUGGAGCCCGUGGCAAAAGCAGUCCCUGAGCCUGUGGCAGAAGCAACUCCUUCAGAACCGGACCCUGCAGAGUCCAUGCCAGGGCCUGAAGCAGAGGUGGUGCUGGAGCCUGUGGCAGAAAUUACUGAUGCUACAGAUGUAGUUCCUGGCUCUGAGGAUCUUGUGAACCCUGCCUGGGUCCUUUCCAAGGCUGCUGAAGAAGAGCUACAGAUGGAUUCCCCUGCUGAAGCAGUUGGACCAUCACAGGCUCAUAUGGACCCAGUGCAGAGGCUAUUCUUGGACUCUAUACGAGAAUAUUCAACAAAUUCCCAAGCAGCUGGUGGUCUGGUUGAUGCUGGCUCACAGUAUCAAAAAGUUUUGGAAGAGGAGAUAGCAAAGCUACAGAGACUUUAUGGUGGUGGAGACCUAACCAGUUUUCCUAAUUUCAAAUUUACAGAACCCCAGUGGGAUGAAGUUUUCCAGAAGUGAACCAUCAGCACUUCUGCUUAACCUUUACAACUUUGUGCACAGGAACAUGAAUUUGUGUGAUUGUCAAGCAAAUGAACCUCUACCUGUUGCUUAUAUGUGAAGAUAAAACAUUGGAUUUGUAGAAACUGUAGAUUUCGUGCCUGCAGAAGAUAAGGUUUUGCAUUUUUUCCAUGACGUUUGACAGAGUGAUCUUAGAGAUGCAAAUUAGGUUGUCUGAAUCUAAAUCUUUAGAUUUAGAGACAACAGAAUAAUGUGACUUCUGUUGUCUCCUUUUUCAUUCCUCUCAAGAAUUUUUCAACUGUAUGUAGCAAAGAGAUGUUCAUUUAAAAAUAGCAUGGAACUCAAAUAAGUUGUCUGAUUUUUUGCUUCUAUGUUUCCCCAUCCUUAAAGACCAAAACAUGAGGAACUUCAUAUAAUACAAAACAGAUGUUAUCUUAUGGACAUUAGUGCUGUUUGGCUGCUAAAAGCAAGCAUAAUUAUUGCAGUACUUAUAGAAUAAUUACAACAAUUUAACUAGGGCUUCACUCUUUCCAGAGAGAGAGAGACAAUUUGGUACUAUAUCUAUAUCAGUUACAUAAAUCAUGAGUGUUCAUUUUCCAACACUUUGAGAAUUCUCUAAGUAGUUCAAUUUAAAUGUCCACCAAAGAAGGAAGAGGACAGCCAAUGAUCCUCUAAGCUGCCUUUACGGUCCUCUGGAGCCUCAUUCUGUCUGUAACAGAACAGCUGCUAUACCGUACUGUGAUGCUGUAUGUCAGCACGCUCUAUGGAUGAGUGGUAGAAGGUCAACAGCAGCUUGAAAAAUUUUAUGUUGAGCUUGUUCUAAAUAUUGUGAUUGAUAAAUAAGACCUCAGGUAAGACCUUAAGUUCUCAGGUUACUCCUGAGAACCAUAGAUUGAAAUUGAAUGGUUUGCAGUAAUCUGACAGGUUUAUUACAAUAAAACAAGACAAAAACAUACAGAUAUCAGAUAACUACUUCAAUGAUGAACUAAACAAUUCUCCAAAUAAAAUAGAGCUAUUUUGAAAAAACAUAUUAAAAGAAGUAAAACAAAAGAAAUAUGAAAAAAAAAAAUACCAAGGGAAUACAUUUCUUCCAAUCCCUUAUUUCUUUGAGUUCUUGUUAUAACAAAGCUUCUUUUCUUGUUCUCUUUUUUCCUUAUUGUUCUCUGAUACUUGUGUGAA